UCUUCAGCAGAAAUAAGGAAACAGUUUACUCUCCCACCGAACCUUGGCCAUUACCAUCGACAGAGCAUAAGUACCUCUGGCUUCCCCUCUCUUCAACUACCUCAGUUUUAUGACCCGGUGGAGCCGGUGGACUUUGAAGGACUUCUGAUGACACAGCUGAACAGCCUGGAUGCGGAGCUCGCCCAGGAGCUGGGAGACUUCACUGAAGAUGACUUGGACGUGGUGUUCACGCCAAAGGAAUGUCGCACUUUGCAGCCUUCUUUACCGGAGGAAGGGGUUGAACUGGACCCUCAUGUCAGGGACUGUGUUCAGACUUAUAUUCGGGAAUGGCUAAUCGUGAACCAAAAAAACCAAGGAAGUUCGGAGAUUUGCGGCUUUAAAAAGACUGGAUCCCGAAGAGAUUUUCACAAGACGCUCCAGAAACAGACAUUUGAGUCAGAGUCCUUGGAGGGCCAUGAACCAAGCACACAGAAAUUGGUGUUCAAAUGA